AUGGCGGCAAGCACCGUCAACCGCUCCGGGUUCGGACCCACUGUCGUGAAGUCCGACAAGAUCAAGUUUGGCCGUUCGACGCCGGACUCCGAAGCGCUGGCAUCUUCUGAAGACGAACCCGAACUCUCUCACUCAGCUUCUUCAGUCGCCGCACGCCCUACUGCCGCGACAGGUAUACGUAGGUCUUCUUUCCUUAGCGAAAUUAAGUCUGGAGAUCUGAGAAAGGCCUCCGCCUCUGCAUCCGGCAUGCCCACCAACGGAUCUCAGCCUUCGACUCCAUCUGCCGAACACAACUCAUGGACCUUUGGUUCAACACUUGGCCGCGUCCCAUCAAAUGGUUCAAACGGCGCUGCCUGGACUGCUCCCAAUUCCAUCUGGGGUACCGAUCGCCGUGACCAAGCCCUCAGACUCAACGAUGGAUCUCCUUCGUACCUUUCUCAACCAAGUCCAGGCGCCAUCGACUCAACUGAGUCCUUUCCGUUCAACAUUCCUCUGCAGCCAAUCCUUAAGACUCACCGAUCUCAGUCGUACUCAGUGGGGCAGCUUGAAACAGAGUUGGCGUCACAGAGCCCUGGUGCGGUGGGUACCCCGUCGAGAUCACGUGCUGGAAUACCUGGCGGCGCUCAAUACCGACCCAUGCGUCCGAGCGGACUCGGAGAGACUGUUUACACUGAGGGUAGAUCUUUGGGACAGCUGAGCGAAGUUGAAGACGAUGAAGGCCCGGACCAGGGCGUUCUUCUUGCCAAUCCUCGAGUUCGUCAGGAGCAACUCACCGACUUGAGCAGCACGUUACUUCGCCAAGCAACGCUUGAGAAUGCACGCAAGCAGCGUGGCUCGGCUUCGCUUGGUAUCUCAGCUGCAGAAGACGUCCGUCGCUCCAUGAAUCACUCUUUCUCCCCCGACAAUUACACUACAUCUGGCGUCGACUCUGCCAUUGAGGAUGACGAUUUCGACCAGCUCUAUUCGGGAAGGCCCCACAAUCUCAGCCACUCCACCGCACAGGACAAUACUCAUCGCGGCAUGUGGUCUACCUCUCUAGGCUUCGGUAUGGACGACGUUAGCCAAAGCAGAAGACACUCGCUAGCAGAUAUCCCGACUCGUCGCGGCUCACUCGCGGGUGGUCUGUCGGGCGGCCCCGGUCAAGGCUACAACAGUGUAGCCUCCGCGCUGGCAGUCGCGUCUUACGGAUCCGAAAACGGAAGCAACGGCAGCAUACUCUCGGAUUAUCAUCAAACGACUCAGGAUCUCGAGACCAACAUGAAUGAGUCAGACAUGCAACACCGGGCUUAUGCCCAGAACUACUUCUCAGGAGCAGCUACUGCUCACAGGAACCGCGCGGAGUCGACAGGAUUCAUGAUGAACAAUAGUCACCAAAGCCCUUACUCAUCAUCAAUCUCUGCAGGCAGCGCUUUCGGUCGUCAAGGCUGGAGUGCCCCACUCUACAUCGUCACGUUCAAAUGCUCGAGAUCGGGCAUCUUCUACAUUCACGAAGGCACUGGCCUUGACGUCAAGGAAGGCGAUCUUGUAAUCGUUGAGGCAGACCGUGGUCAAGAUCUGGGAACAGUCACACACGCCAGGAUCGACUGGCCUCGGGCCAAGGAAGCGCUAGAGAAGACAGGAGAAGACCACUACAAGUGGCUCAUGAUGUUCUCAAGACACAAUCUCGCCCUGACAGAUUCAGAGACUCGUGGUCUUAUGGCUUCGAACGGCACGGACCAGGGCAGUAUGCACAGAGACCGACCUCUUGACGAGUAUCCACCUGGUAUGGGCGGUCCUCCAGAGAUACCCCAGGAGCCUACAAAGCCAAAGAUGAUCAAGCGCCUCGCCCAGCCCCACGAGAUUGCCAACUUGCGUGAGAAGGAAGGUAACGAGGCCAAGGCCAAGAGGAUCGCUCAGCAGAAGGCCAAUGAGCAUAACCUCAAGAUGGAGAUCCUGGAUGCCGAGUUCCAAAUGGACUGGAAGAAGCUCACCUUCUACUUCUAUUCAACCGAGUACAUCAACUUCAAUUUGUUGGUUGGAGACCUGUUCAAGAUCUACAAGACACGCAUCUGGUUGUCCGCGAUCAACCCUGCCGCCUUUCGCUCGCGUCCCAACCAGCCACCGAGUUCUAUCGGACCCGGCGCAAUUCAAACUGGAUCUUCGCCCAGAACGAUGAACCCCGCCGCGUCGUCUUUCUUCGUUCCUCGCGCCGGUGCUCGCUCAAACAACCCCGACGAUACGACUGGUGCAGUUCCCCCUCAAGCUUAUAAUGAGCACUCUAUGGCUCAAGCUCAGAUGCAUGGACAGGGCGGUAACCGUGGUAGCUUCAGCAGAGCACCAUAUAUGGGCUCUACGGGCUACUCUGGAGCAUCAGAACAGCCUUGGUACACUCCAGUCGGCUUUCACGGACAACAGCCUUAUGAGGGAGCCUACGGCGGUACUCCUCCACCUUCGCAUGAUCUCGCCUUCAGACCAGCCCCUGCAUUCGGCCAAAACCUCAUGAGAAACGGCAGCCGUUCGACACGUGCCAGCGAGUUUGGCCAGAUGCGUUGA